AAGAUUGCUCCUUUUUCCCUCUCAGUUUUCUUGCACAGAUAAAAAAGCAAUCUUUGCCGAGAAAGCUCGAGUCUUUCUUGGCGAUUGAGGGAUUUGAUCGGUGGGUUUUGCUUUUCCGGUCGACAAUUUCAAAGGGUCUGUGUCUUUUUGUCAGAACAAGACGAUCGGUGAACAUGGUCACUCUUGUUUUUGGGUCUGGUCCGACUGGAGCUCCGGUUUCGAGCUUUUAGGGUUUGCGGUUGUGUGAAUUUUGUGGCUUUGAUUAGGGUUUCUGAAAAACCAGGAUCAGAGGUAUUACAAUAAACAGAGCAGUAUGGUUGCAAAAGACCACAAGAGUGCCACAAACUCUCCUAGUCCUAAAGUGGAGGUGGGAGAGAUUGACACUAGGGCACCAUUCCAAUCCGUUAAAGAUGCUGUAUCACUAUUUGGCGAGGGUGCGUUCUCUGGCUCUGGAGAGAAACCUGCCAUUAGGAAGACAAAGCCUCAGUCAGCAGAGCGAGUGAUAGCCAACGAGACACAGCUUCACCUGGUCCAGAAAGAAUUGAACAAGUUGAAGGAACAACUAAUGAAUGCUGAAACUACUAAAGCCCAAGCACUUAUGGAGCUUGCAAAGGCCAAGGUAACUCGUGAAGAGCUGACUAAGAAGCUGACAUCUCUUGGUGAAUCUAAAGAAUCUGCAGUAAAGGCAUCAGAAGCUGCAAAAAAUCGGGCCAAGCAACUCAAAGAAGCAAACUGUGGGAACCUAGCUGGAACUGAUGGUGCUUGGAAGCAAGAUUUGGAAACAGAAAGAGCAAAAUACAUGAAUGUAAUUACUGAACUUGAUGCUGCAAAGAAAGAGUUGACAAAAAUCCGUCAGGACUGUGAUGCAUCUUUAGAAGCAAAAGUUGCUGCCCUGAAGCAGGCAGCAGAAGCUGAAGAUGCAGCCAAAGCAAAUGCGGAGAGGGUUAGUGAGCUCUCUAAGGAAAUUGCAGCUGUGCAUGAAUCAAUAGGGCAAGUGAAGCUCGCAUCUGUGGAAGCCCAGCAAGAGCAAGCAAAAAUAUUUUCCGAAAAGGAUGUCCUGAGGCAAGCAUAUAAGGCUACGGCAGAAGACUCUGCAAAGAAAGUGCUUUCUCUAAAAAAAGAGUUUGAUCCAGAAAUUUCCAGAAAUCUUGAAGCACAACUUGCUGAAACGUUGAAUGAAAUUGGAGCCCUGCAAAAGCAAAUGGAGAAUGAAAAGGCUUCAGAUUUAGAUUCUGUAAGAACAGUCACUUCGGAGCUGGAUGAUGCUAAGGAUUCACUGCAUAAAGUUGUUGAAGAAGAAAGCAGCCUCAGAAUUUUAGUUGAGGCGCUUAAGGUGGAAAUUGAGAAUGUGAAGAAAGAGCAUGCUGAGCUCAAGGAAAAGGAAGCAGAAACAGAAUCUAUUGCUGGGAAUUUACAUGUCAAACUGCGGAAAACAAAGACUGAGCUUGAAGCAUGCCUAGCUGAAGAAUCUAAAGCUAGAGGUGCUUCCACUGAAAUGAUAGCAACGCUAAACCAGCUGUCCCUGGAAAUUGAAAAUGCUCGACGGGAUGCAGAAGAGAUGAAGAUUAAAGCGGAGGAAAUGAAAAAGGAAGCUGAAAGUACCAAAACCGCUGUAAAAGAGGCAGAGAAGAGGCUGAGAGUUGCUCUGGAAGAAGCUGAAGAAGCUAAAUCAGCAGAAGAAAGGGCCCUUGAUCAGAUUAGAACUUUAUCCGAGAGAACUAACGCUGCUCGCGCAUCAACUUCUGAGUCUGGUGGCCAGAUCACUAUAUCAAAGGAUGAAUUUGAGUCUUUGAGCCGAAAGGUUGAGGAGUCCGACACAUUAGCUGAAAUGAGAGUGGCUGCUGCUAUGGCUCAGGUGGAAGCUGUGAAGGCUAGUGAAAAUGAGGCCUUGAAGAGGUUAGAGGCAACCCAGAAGGAGAUUGAAGAUAUGAAGGCUGCAACUGAGGAGGCUAGAAAGAGGGCUGAAAUGGCUGAAGCAGCCAAAAAGGCAGUAGAAGGAGAGCUCCGAAGGUGGCGGGAACGCGAGCAAAAGAAAGCAGCAGAUGCUGCCUCACGGAUAUUGGCAGAAACAGAGACGUCAGUGGAAUCAUCCCCACGCCAUUACAGGAUUCAAACGCAGAACCCCCAGACGAAAACUGUCCAGGUCCGGAAGAUGGAGAAAUCAAAGACAUCUAUGUCGAAAAAGAUACUAUUGCCAACUCUCACCGGCAUGUUUAAUAGGAAAAGGAACCAGAUUGAGGGCGGCUCUCCUUCUUAUCUCCCGGGCGAGAGACCCCUUUGAUACGUGUGUGUAUGUGUAACAAAUCAUGGAACUACUCUGAAACAUUGAAGGCUAGAGCAAGUUUGGGUGUGUCACUGUGUCUGCAUUAACAAAGCUUUGAAUGAGCUUGGCUGUAUGUAACUCGAGAGAGCGUGUGGUUUUGUAUAUUGCAACAAUUCUUGGAUUAUCGGUUAUUAG